UGCAAGGUGAUUUGAGAUUUUGCUUUCUUCUUGAAUCCCAUAGUUUCCCUUAACAAAGGCAUCAGGAAUCCUAUGAGGGAAGGUUGUUGGAGCCUUUUGUUGGAGGGAUAAAGAAUGGAAUCAAAGAACAUCACCACUGUGACAGAAUUUGUCCUGUUGGGCCUGACAGAGAGUCACAAGCUGCAGUAUUGUCUCUAUGUGAUCUUCUUUCUCAUCUAUGUAAUAACCUGGCUACUGAACUUCACCAUCAUUGCCACUGUGGCUGUGGAUCAACAGCUCCACACCCCCAUGUAUGUUCUCCUGGCCAACCUCGCUUUCCUCGACAUCAGCAAUUCCUCGGUCAAUACUCCCAAACUGCUCUCAGGCCUCCUCACCCAGCACAAAAUUAUCUCAUUCAAUAAGUGUUUCCUCCAGAUAUUCUUCUUCCAUUUCAUUGCAGGUGCAAUGUCUUUUUUGCUCAUAGGGAUGACAGUUGAUAGGUUUGUGGCCAUCUGUGAGCCACUGCGCUACUUGUCCAUCAUGAGCUGGAAUGUGUGCACAGGAUUGGUGGCAGCUGCAUGGUUUGGUGGAUUUCUUCAUUCAAUUAUACAAACUGGUCUUCUUCUCCAGCUGCCAUUCUGUGGCCCAAAUGUACUGGACAAUUUCUACUGUGAUGUCCCUCAAGUCAUCAAAGUGGCCUGCACUGACACUCACAUGGCUGAACUACAGAUGGUGUUUAAUAGUGGAGUGAUCCUCAUCACCCUUUUUGUAAUCUUGAUUACUUCUUACAUUGUCAUCCUGUUUAAGAUAAGGACGUGCAUCACAGAAGGGAAGCGAAAAGCUCUGUCUACCUGUGGAACACAGAUAACUGUGGUGAGCUUAAUAUUCAUCCCCUGCAUCUUCACCUAUGCCCAGCCUUAUAAGAAAUACCCCAGGGACAAGGUGGCCUCCAUUGUUUACACUGUGUUUGCUCCAAUGCUAAACCCCAUCAUCUACACACUGAGAAACACUGAGAUGAAAAAGGCCAUCAGGAGAACACUGGGAAAAAUAUUUCUGUCAGCAGGAAUACAGAAACCAGACCGACAGUAG